AAUAACUUCUGGCUUUAUCACAUUGUGAUCAGAAAGUGUUUUUUGUAAUACUUCUACUUUAUGGAACUCACUGAUGUUUGCUAACUUUUAUUAAUAGUUGAUCAAUUUUGUGAAUGUUUCAUGAGCAUCUGCAAAAGGAUGUAUUCUGUUAUUAUGCAAAGAGAGUGUAUUCUCUAUAUACCCAUGAGAGCUACUUUCUUCACUUUGUUAAUUCUUAUAACAAAGGAAUGGUCUUCUCCUUCCUUACUUAUUUUUUGUCUACUUGGUAUGUCUUUUCUGACAACAGUAUAUUAAAGUCUUCUAUUAUUAGGGUAUUUUAAUCAAUAUGUUCUUGCAUUUUCUGUAGUUUUUGCUUCAUGAACAAGAUUACUGUGUUAUAUGGUGUAUAGAUUUUCUUAAGCAUCAUAUCUCUAAUACAGGAUUUGUAAGAAAGGAGAGUGAGACAAGGAAAUUUUUAACUUUACUUUUGAUUCCUCUUGCGGUAAUAGUUGCCUUUGUAGACAAAAUGCUUUGAACAAGCUUGUGGAAAUGAGUCCCCUGAGACUAUAAGUCAAUUGCUUCCUGUGGAACAAUGUGGAAUUCACUGGAAACAGCUUAUGUGUCAAAACUAAACAUAUGCUAUAUUUAGGACAUAAAGAAAAAAUGUCCACGUUUAAUUUGUCUAUAAUUUUAUAAUCUUUCGUAAAUCCCAUACAUUACUUCUAGGGGAAAUAUAUAACUAAAAGUUUACUCUUGUUUAAAAACCAGCCCAGUCUGAUCUGUUGAAGAGUCCCACAGAUAGUGUCCAGUGUCUCCACUUUGGUGACUUUGGGACCCCUCAACCAUCGUGUUCCUUUCCUUCAGUGGGGGAUGGAUGACUUACAUGAUGUGGUUUCUGGAGGACGAUGAGGUCUCCAAGCCUUGGCCUCUGUCUCCUCUAGUUGUUGGGUGAUAGCCCAUGUCUGUCAGGUCUCUGAAUUCCCACUGGCCUCCAACAAGAAAGCCCGCGAGCUGGUGUAAUCUCACGAAGUGAGCUGAUUUCUCACUCCAGACUGUGCCCUUUGAGGGGCUCCUUGGCUGACAUCCUCAUAGCUCAGCUCCUGAUGGUCUAAAUUCCCUAUGGCUGGUCUGGCAGUGACUCUCAAUCAGCCCUGGAAUAUCGCCUAGAGAGUAUGUUUGACUGCACGUAAGAGAACUUCACCAAAGCGGCUUAACAAAGGGCUCAAUUUUGAUACAACAAGGAGUUUACAGCUGAUGAGUCCAGAGACGAUGUAACUAUCCAAAGAACUUGCUAUUUUUUUCUCCCAUCAUUCUUUGCAAGUAACUGUUGUCCUCAGUGUGGCAAGAUGGCCACUUGACCUUCAGCCUCAGGUCUGAAUUGUGGUGGAAAGAACAUAGAAACAAGAAGGAAGACAGAAUGGCACUUAAAUUACAAAAGCAAAGCCAACCCAGAAAUCUCCACAGGAUUUUUGCCACUACCUCUUGUAUGGUUACCCUGGCUGCAAGAAACACGGUGCAACUUAGUACUUCACAUGAGUCCAUUGUUGUUAUAGACAAAAUUGUAGUUUUGUUAGUGAGGAAGAGGAGGCAGAUGCUAGUCAGCAGAUGACCAGCAGCCCGCGCCACGUGCAGCUGGGGUGAAUUUGCUCUAUACCUCGCUCUAGAGUGACCUUGCUCCCACCCCACUAGUGAAUUCCCUUGACAAUACCCCCAACCAAACUUUCAAAUCAUUCUAAACACAAACCAAGGAAAGGACAAGAAAAUAAAACCCCAAGACUUGAGUCAGGUUCCAGAAGUAACAGGCUUGUAACAUACUAAAUAUCCUACAGAUAAACUUUGGAUAAACUACAAAGAAUCAAAUACUGAAAAGGACUGGGGAGCAACCAAAACCAGAUAGAAAUGGAAGAGGUUUGGAUUCUUGAAAAAAGGCCAACAUAGGGUGAUAUCCAUGUUUAAAAGGCUUUUCGCAGAGGGCACUUCCCAGAUCACAGCUGAAGAAGUGACCAGAACUUAAUUAUCUAAUAUACCUCUUGUUUCCUAAACCUGGAGAAACAAAAUUUAGGACACAUAUCUGAUUGCUUUAUCCCUCUGCCUUCCUCUGUUUCCUCUCCCCUAUAAGAAGAAGGGAUGUUUCCAUCUCUUAUUAGCUGGACUUCCAGUGUAUAAAAUGUUAUUGCCUAGUGACUGGACCUGAGUCUUUUUAUGCAAAUCGGGGAAGUGAUAAAAUAUAGACAAUCCAUUCUAAAGGAAACAUCCAGGUUUACAAGGCUGUCAUCUUUUGACAAAAAUUCUAUUAACUUUAUUUAAUAUUAGGAUAUGGGUGUUCAGGUUUGGUUCUGUAUUUUGUGAAGUAUUAGUAUGCAUCAGAGCCACCUGGAAGGCUUUUUAAAAUAUAAGGUUUCUGAGUCAGUAGGCCUGAGAAUUUGCGUUCCUAGCAAAUUCCCUGGGGUUAUUGAUGCCAUUAGUCUGGGGUGGUACUUUGACAUUUGACUACAUAGGAGCAAAUAUACUGUGUUUGGGGGAAAAAAAGGAAGAGAGGAAGUCACUUCAAUCAUUUUCAAGGCAUUUCUCCUGCUCCAAAUGUUACCAGCUAGAUCCAGAGUGCCAAAGAUCCUUCUCCCCACCCGUAUUCUGAAGGAAAAUUAUACACACAAAAAGCUGAACCAAAUAAGGCAAAAUGCCAUAUUUUUACCAAAACUCUAGGACUUCUUAGUAAAGAUGAAGUGGAGACCACAGCAGGGACCAGAAACCACAGCUAGGAGUCUUCCUUCUCCUCCCUGAAUGAAAAAGAGUUAGUUAUGCAGAAGGAGGCCACUCGACUAUCAAAGAGUCAGUCUGAGAAGAUGAAACCAAAAAGCGAAGACUUGCUGGACAGCCAGAAGGAGAACUUCGGUCUGUUUAUAGAAUGAAACAAGGAACCAAAAGCGUUAGUCAUAUCUGGUCACAGUAAGCCAAAAGGGAGAGAUUGCAGUUUGUUUCCUGUUUCUGAAAAUGAAAAGAAUAGCAGGAAAUGGUCUAAUGGGUGUCAGGCUCUCCCAGCAUGCUAACAUCCCCAAACAGAUCAAUCCCUCUGCCUUUGUGAGAGGGAGAGAAUUGACGAGGUGUCACCCCAGAGUUUCUCAGUCCUGGGUUAUGGAGGGACAAACACUUCUUUCCGAGCCAGAGGAGGACAGUCAACUUGGAGUAAUGGGGCAAAGUGCUGCUUAGGGGACCCCACCCUGUGACUUUCAAAAUCUCUAGUAAAGCCUACAAAAUGCUUAGAAUAUGUAUUUAUUGCAAAAGCCAGCUAAAGAACUGAAUUUCGAGUCUACAUGAGAGAACUGUGGUGUACAAUUUAGGAAGUAUUGGGAAGCCUGAGGAAGGAAGCCCUGGAAAUUCCCAAAAAAGAACAAGAAAGAUUUUGGGCUCUCCAUGCUGGGGAAAUGUAGCUUCAGCCAAGUCUUACCAAUUCCCCAAAGGGCAGAGUGAAAACGUACUUAGUGAGUGCCUCAUGUGUGGCAAGAACUUGGUACACAGCAGUGAAGGAGGAAGAAUUCGCUGCCACCGACUACUGUGGUGGUAUAUGUCAGUAUACUGGGGCAACAAGUAAUGAAAAUUCAAGUAAUAUUUUAAUUCUUUGUCCAAGGCAUACACAUCAUCAAACUGGUGUCACUCCUAUUUGUUGUCUUGAUGAGAUGGGAAAUGUUUCCAUAAGAAGGGAAAGAGACUGGACCAACACUAGCCCUUUCCUGACAAGUCCAGCUUAGAAUCUGCAGAAGAGAAGCACUCUUGUGAGAUUUGGAAUGGGGACGACAAGGAGUACCACUGCGUGAAGACAGCAAUGUGAUUCACAGCUGAUGGCUCCUGGAAAUCACCCAGCUUCCCAGGCCUGGGCAAAUCUCUCAUUCCCUGGAUUAAAAAGACUAGAAGCCAAUGAGAGAAGCUGCCUAGGAGAGAAGGGAAGAUUACUGCACUGCAAGACUCUGUAGUGCUUGCAAGACUUUCCAGGACCCGCCAGAAUAAGAUGGAAGGACUUCAGAAGAGGUCAGAAGCUGCCUGCACCACAGAUAAGGUGGAGGAGCAGAAACCUUAAAUCCAGGGUCAUCUCUAUUGAGGAUCAUCCUGGUGGGCAGAACAGGCAGCGGGAAAAGUGCCACAGGGAACAGCAUCCUCUGCCAACAAGUAUUUAAGUCCAGGCUGGGUGCCCAGACACUGACCAGGACGUGCCAGAAGGCAACGGGCACGUGGAACGGGAGGAACAUCCUGGUGGUGGACACGCCCUCCAUCUUUGAGGCAAAGGCCCAGGACCAGGAGAUGUACGAGCACAUCGGGGACUGCUACCUGCUCUCGGCCCCCGGGCCCCACGUGCUGCUGCUGGUGACCCAGCUGGGGCGCUUCACUGAGCAGGACACGGUGGCCGUGACCAAGGUGAAGGAGGUCUUUGGCGCAGGAGUCAUGAGACACACGGUCAUCCUCUUCACCCACAAGGAGGACUUGGUGGGCGAAUCCUUGGAUGACUAUGUAGCAAACACAGACAACCUCCAGCUGAAGAGCCUGGUCCGGGAGUGUGGGAGGAGGUACUGUGCCUUCAACAACCGGGCCACUGGGGAGGAGCAGAGGGAGCAGCUGCUGGAGCUGAUGGCCGUGAUCGAGAGGCUGGAGAGGGAGCUCGAUGGUGCCUUCUACACCAACGACCUCUUCUUUGAUGCACAGAUUCUCCAGCAAGGGGGGGAUGAUGCACGUGGAGAAGGCCACAGGCUCUACCUGGACAAGGUGCAGUCACAGGUUGUAAAGCAAAAGCAAGAUCUGGAUCUGAAAGGGGCCCAGAGAAACUGUGUGUUCAAGGCACUCCUCCGGGUCAAAAACUGGAUCAUGUUGCAUUAUGAGCUUUGUGUUUGCCUUGUUUGGUGCAGUUUACUUUUUGUUCUUAUUCUGCUGAUCAUCUUGUAUCAUCUUGUGUGUGUCAUCUGUAUGUCAGAGCAUUUUCUAAAGUAUCACCUCAGGGAUUCAUUGUCCAAUCCGUAAAUAAUUUCCCACGAUCUGCUGAGGACAUGGUGUGUUGUCUCUGCAGUUCUCAUUCCGCGUUCCCCUCAUAGACUUCUGGCUUGGUUCAUGCCUCUCCCUCUCCCUCAGUGAAGCCAUGAAUCCCUGAAAAGAUGACAAUGACUCAGUUCCAGGGAUGCCUGGCUGGUCUAUGUACAAUCCCAUUUUCUGUGCAGUGAUUAGCUCGGGCAUGGUCCUGAGACCCAAUUCAGGCCACUGGGAAGUGAGUAAAAGUCUGCAGAGGUGGGGCCAGAAGGUUUCUCCUUUCCCAGGAGAGAUCCCCAAAGAGAGACAGUCUCCCUCUGGUCAUUGUUGGAUCUGAGUGUGAUGACUGGAACUCCAGCAGCUACCAGCCUGAGGUUGAAGGCAACACUUCAAAGUAGAGCAGAGUGAUGGAGUAGUCUGAGCCCUUGAAACAACCAGUCCUGAAUCCUACCCUAUCUUUGGAGUUCCAGUAACGUCAGCCAGUAAGUUUCCUUAUGGCUUAAGCUGUUGGAAUUUGGGGUCUCUCUUAUUUACAUUUGGAAAAAAUUGAACUAAUAAAGAGUUCCCCAUUUCCCUUUUUGAAAAAAAAUCCUUAGAUCUGUCAGAACUUCCCUGUUCUCAUGCUUCCAGUGAGGAAGUGGCAUCAAGAUUAAAUAAACUGAUUUUUCAUUUCUUGUUUUUAGAAUUA